AUGCUUAACCCUACAGCGGGACCUGGCGACGAGUACACGGACUACGUGGCUACCCGUUGGUAUCGAGCCCCAGAGCUCUUGGUUGGCGAUACACAAUACGGGCCUCCAGUUGAUGUUUGGGCGAUCGGAUGCGUUUUCGCAGAAAUGCUCAACGGCAUGCCGCUGUGGCCGGGCAGAUCUGAUCUGGAUCAGCUCUAUUUGAUCAUCAAGACCCUCGUGAAAUAG